AUGGAGUUAACGUAAUUAUAAAGCCGGAGGUAGAGGCAGAGGUAAAGGUAGAGGUAAAGGUAGAAGUACACACAGCACCCCCAGAGGAUAUCCUGGUAGCUUUGAAGAGCCACUUGCCCUGGUCUUUGCCUAUCUUUAGACGCUUGCAGUUCAUGGGCGUGAAGGAAGGGAAGGGAACUUGGGGGAGGGUUUUGGGUGUUGGUGAUGUUGGGGAGAAAGGAGGGGAUGGGAAUGGAAACGAGUGGAUGGUAGCUUUCCUGGAUCUUGAAAUGGGGCCGAAUACUGAGAUGUGGGUUUACUCCUCCUUGGAACGUAGAUGGGGGAUGAAAGGGGGCGCAGACGCCAUUCGAGAACGGAGUGAGGAGUCACCUGUUUCUUUGAAGGAUCAAAUAAGUGCGCCACAGGAAGAACUCCUUGUAACUCAACUCCGAGCCCUCUUGAAGAGAGUGAAAGAGAUCGAAAGACAAUACGUCAGUGAUGGGGCCACGGAACAAAGAGCGAAUGAGGGGGUCGUUCUCAUGGGGAGUUUACAUGCUAACCUACUGGGGGUUUUGGAGAAGAGGGGAAGGGGGUGA